GCGAUGAUGAUUUCCGCUUGCAGCUGAAGUUGAUUGAAACGACGGGCACUGAGACCACGCGGAACGUGCCGUCAGCUAUCUGUCGCUCAACCGUUGCUCUUCGUUCAUACAGAAGAUAUAACUGCUGAUCGAGAGGUUAACGGCUGAUUCUGUGUUGCUGAGUAAAAUAUUAAUACAAUCCCCGUUUGUUUCUUCUCUUUUCACGUUAUGUGGUUACAAUGAUGUGAGGAUGGCCAAGCGACCGGGGACUGACGACGGGAUGUUGCCUUCGCCGACCGCUCUCCGGGAAUUCGCAGCCGAUUUGAACGCCGCGGAUGUGAACAUGGACAGCGGCGACGGGGCCGUUGAGGUGUCCUUGGAAGAAAUCCUGAAACUGUACAGCCAGCCGAUAAACGAGGAGCAGGCGUGGGCAGUGUGUUACCAGUGUUGUCGGACAUUAGCACAGAGGCAGCGGAGGAAAAGCUCCAAAUCUGCCGGAGCUUCUGCGGUCGACUAUCCGAGGAGGAUUGAGGGACCCGGGGAUGUGAGGAUCGGGAGAGACGGGACUAUCAAACUGCACUUUGAAGACGGCACAGAUAAAUACGGAUCGCCCCCAACGUCAUUAGAGGUUAUCGACUCACUGGGUGUCAUGAUCUACAAAGCUUUGGACUAUGGCCUUAAGGAAAACGAGGAGCGUGAACUCAGCCCGCCGCUGGAGCACCUGAUCGACAUGAUGACCAACACCGAAAAAAUUGAGAGUGACCCCUGCCCUGACGAAGGCUAUGAAGCCACAGAGGAGGAGGAUGAGUGUGAGGAAGAAGAGGAGGAAGAGGAGCCCAUCUCUACUACCACCACCAGCUCGGGCAACAGCAUUUGCUAUCGGGACAUCAUCAUGCUGUGUUCUUCCCACCUGCCCAGCCCAUCAGAUGCCCCCAACCAUUACCAGGCUGUGUGUCGCGCACUCUAUGCCGAGACCAGGGAACUAUGCACCUUUCUGGAGAAGAUUAAGAGUGCCAAGGAGAACCUUCGGAAAAUGGAAGGUGAGACUCGGGGGGACCCCGUUAAAGACCUGGAUGAGCUGCAAAAUGCAGAUUGGGCACGGUUUUGGGUGCAGGUGAUGCGAGAUCUUCGGGAUGGUGUUAAGUUGAAGAAGGUUCAGGAGCGUCAGUACAACCCACUGCCCAUCGAAUACCAGCUCACACCGUAUGAAAUGCUGAUGGAUGACAUUCGCUCCAAACGCUACAAGCUGAGAAAAGUCAUGGUGAAUGGAGACAUCCCACCAAAGUUAAAGAAGAGUGCACAUGAGAUCAUUCUUGAAUUCAUCAGGUCACGACCUCCUCUCAACCCUGUCGCAGCCCGUAAACUGAAACCCCACCCACCACGUCCCCGGAGCCUCCACGAGCGCCUGCUGGAGGACAUCAAAGCUGAACGGAAGCUCAGGCCAGUCUCACCGGACAUGAUCCGCAGAAGCCGCCUUGGUGCAGGCAAAAGCAUCAGCACUCCUCAAGACUUGUUCCGCAGCUCAGACACUCCUGAUGCUCUCAGGAAGUUGGCUCUCAGCACGCAAUCUCUGACCAGUGGCACCACAGGACCCAAUCAAAGUGGACUGCAGCCCCUUAGUCAGAGGAAGAGACUGCUCAGAGCGCCCACGUUGGCUGAGCUUGACAGCUCCGAGUCUGAUGAGGAGCCCACACGGAGCAGCUCCAGUAUGUCCACGUCUUUGAUGGAGGACACAUCACCAGAGUCUGUCAUAGGAAAGAAGGCUAUGAGCUCACCUGGAACAUACUCUCCUCCACAGUUCCUGCCUGUCUCUGCCACCCCACAGCCAGACAAGCGUCAGUCUCCGCAGAGGCGGCACUCCAUCGAGAAGGAGGCCCCCACUAGUGUCCGUCCCUUUGCGCCUCCAUCCAGACAGAGCUCCAAGUCUUUGGUGGAAGCUGCCAGUGGUGCUCAGGGCACGGAGGAGUUCUGUUACCCAGCAGAGUGUCUUGCUCUGACAGUGGAGGAGGUGAUGCACAUCAGACAGGUUCUGGUCAAGGCCGAGCUGGAGAAGUUUCAGCAGUACAAAGACAUCUACACCGCCCUCAAGAAAGGAAAGCUUUGCUUUGCAUGUCGAACCAAGAGGUUCUCUCUCUUUACCUGGUCCUACACCUGCCAGUUCUGCAAAAGGCCUGUAUGUUCCCAGUGCUCUAAAAAGAUGCGGUUGCCAUCGAAGCCCUACUCCACCAUGCCCAUCUAUUCUUUGGGCCCCAGUGCUGUUGCUAAAGAAGAGGCAAGUGGAACAUCUGCCCCUGCUGAACCAGAAAAGCACCCAUUUGGGUCUGGACAUAACCGGCACAGCCUACGCAGAAGUGUUUACAAGUUCUCAAAGCACAGCAGUAGUGGCAGCAAAGAUGGGCGGUCACAGGAUGAGCCAGAGCUGCCCAAGGAGCUUACUGAGGACUGGGUUACCAUGGAGAUCUGCGUAGACUGCAAAAAGUUCAUCACAGAGAUCAUCUCCUCCAGCAAGCGCAGCUUAUGCGUGGCCACCAAGCGUGCCCGACUCAAUCGCAAAACCCAGUCUUUCUACAUGUCAUCGUCUAACUCGGCCAACUUCAGGCCCUCUGAGCGCACCAUCAAUGAGGUGUGAAAGGAGGAUUGCCUUAUGCACUUCUGUUCACACCUCUCCCAGAGCGUCUGUGUUCAAUUUAAAAAAAAACAAAGACAAAAGCCCCUCUUAUUCUAAUUUUCACACGGACUGGUUUACUGUGAUGAUGAAGCCAGUCUAUCCCAUCCCAAAGUUAGUAAAGGUUAUUAUACCUUACCCUGUCUCAGGAAAAGUUGGCAUGCUAUUAUUCGUCAUGACAGGUCAGGACUCGACAGUAGCUGCCAGAUAACAAAGGAGAGCCAUGUUUCUGUAAGUCAGUGAUAAUUCAGGACACGGUGGGUGGAUAAAUUAAACUGCUGAUGUUGCUAUUGUGAACCAGGUAAGAGAUCAGAUGAUACCGAAAGCCAAACAUUGCACGUGUAAAUAGUAUAAAGGCCCAUCCAUAAUCUUAGCUAUGAAUACGUUUUCCAGUUCCUGUUUACUUCUAGCACUCAGGAAGAACAACAGAUUGUCUUUUGACAGAAAUGCACUCUAGAUCCUGCUGUCAGGUCUGUUGGAGUAGAUCUUUGCCACUCCCCACCCCCCUCUCUUAUUCUUCCAGCAACAAUUAUGCCAAAUGUUACAUCAUUCAUUUUUUUUUUAGCCAGAUAAAAUGCAUAUUUACUAUUCUCUCAUGCUGUAGGGACGACACGUUGAGGGGUGAGAAUAGUCAAUUAUUUUUCUGGGUGGGUUUUUGCUAUUAGUUUUAAUGUAUAUUCAAUUCUGUGCCUGGUGCCAAAAUGUAACUUUCUUUCUUUGAAUGCCUUUUGUAGUUAUGGACCUAUUGUACAUAUGUGUGAUAAACUCAAUGGACAUUUUAGGGUGAUCCAAGGUUUGGUUUCCUCGCCCUUCCUGUUCCAAGCUGGGCUGUAGAAGCAAAGUAACGUUGGGUUUUGAAUGUGUAAAUGCUGUAUAUCUUAAUUGUUCCAAAUUUAAUAUAAAAAAACUCAACUAAGUAGGAGUAUAAUUUUACCAAGAUUUCUGCCUCUGGAGUUUCUUUAUUUGAAAUUAUUCUUUGAAACCUUUUAUUACUGUUAUUAUGUUUGUGUCAAUGUAAUAAGAUUUUAUUUCUAUUGUGUAGUUUAUAAAUUCCUCAAUGUUAAGACUCUCUUCUAAAUCACACUUUUAUUGGACCAACUUAUUGUUUAUGUUGGGUUUUUGUCUUAAUAAUAAUUUAAGUCUUUGUUUUUCACCUCUUGGGGUCCAAGGUUCCUCAUGAAUGAAUUUGUGUGAAUGUCAGCAGGUUGUUUGUAAGAAUGGAAUAAUGGCAAAAACUAAACACUCCAAUGAGUUGAAUGUAGGCAAUUUUAAACUGUCAUUUAAUAUGCUUUAUGAACUUGUAUUCCCUUUCAAAACACUCCUACACACACACACAUCCAUGUAGCGUGUUUUGUGGCAGUUGUGACCAAAUGAACACAAAGCCUAACCAGCCUGUUUAAAAAAAAAAAAAAAAAAGAGAAAAACGAUGCCAUGUUCCAGUGAAACCGUACACCUGACCAGUUUGAUUUUAGACUUCUGUAAGGAAUGUAUGCAUGCUGUACAGUGAUUGGUUUGUUUUUAUCAAAGAAAUUAUAAUAAAAUCAUCAUGAUUCUUG